UUUGAUUGUUAAGUUGUCGGUGCGUGCGGUCAUAGGAGGGCAUACGUCAUUAAAUUAUUAUUUACUUAUAACGAAGUGUGCUGUGCAUACCUGUGCCGGAAAAGUUUUCAUUAAAAACUAUUUGGAACGAUAAUUUAAAAUUUUUAAAGGACUGUUCGCGCGCUUUUUGCAUAUCAAUUGACAGUUCUUUGUUACUUUUUUUUUCUAACAUUGGGCGUUCUGUUUUCUUUCUCUAUCGUUUAUAUUUUUGUAAUGUAGUCUGUAAUACUGUGACUCAUUUUUGUUUUAUAAAUAAGUAUAUUAAUUGAGUAAAUAUUUUACUGUACUGGUCUAAUUGACUAACCAAUGUUACUGAAGUACUGUUGAUUCGGUUAACUUCAAUAUUGAAAUAUAAUUAGGAGCCAACAACAUAAAGUGUGCGUAAACAGAAUUGAUAUUAAAUGAGUGCAAUUAAAAACUAAUAAACUAACUCAGUUAAUAUAAGUGUUACGUAAAAGUUGCACGUUUAUUUGACGUGGACCAUCAGUAGUGUUGUGUGCCUCACUUUAUUGGUAGAAAAAAAAAAUAAAAAAAUGAAGGAACUUGUUCAAAUUUGGAAUCGAGUGACAACCCGCCGUUACUCGUCAGUGAAUAUUACAGAUCGGGAACUCUGUGAUAUAUCAAAUAAUAGAUUAAAAUCAAGUGACAUCGAUACAUCCGCAAUUGAAGCGAAUUUGGCUGAAUGCGAGGGUUUGAAUAACAAAUUCAGCGAUGAUCUUGAUUUUAAUCAAAAGAAAGAUGCCAUUAUCAAUCGAUUAUUUGAGAGGCGGAGAAAAGGUCAAGUGGCAAGACAACCGAAAUGUCUGUUUCUCCUGCUUAUGCUUGGUUUCUUCGCGUUGGGAGCUGCCUGCUUCAUCUUCCUCGCGCAUCCCUACGACUUUUUGUUCAAUCAGAAAGUCGUUCUCCAAGAUGGCGGCGAGAUAUUGGAGAUGUGGCGGACACCGGAGGUAGAGUUGUUCUGCCGGGUAUACUUGUUCAACGUGACUAAUGCCGAAGAAUAUAUGGCGGGAAUAGACGACAAGAUUAAGGUCAAAGAAGUUGGACCUUAUGUUUACAAAGAGGGAUUCAGGCACGAGAUAACCAAGUUCAAUGACAACGGUACAAUGUCUGUGAUACCGCAUCACCCACUCACUUGGAUGGGCAAUAUGUCUGAAGGGCACAAGGAGAACGAUAUACUGUUCUUACCCCAUAUUGCUUUACUAAGUAUAGCAAACGUCGUAGCUCCGAAAGGUUUUGUGACACGUUUUGGACUGAACAAUAUCAUCACACUCACCAACAGCCAGCCGCUUGUGAAGAUGACAGCCCGCGAAUUCAUGAUGGGCUACGAGUCCAAGUUGAUGACCUUGGGCAGCACUUUCUUACCCGGCUGGAUCAAUUUCGAUAAACUCGGCCUUAUUGAUAGGAUGUACGAUUUUUCUGGCGAUUACGAGACGGUCUUCACUGGGGUACAUGACGUUCGGUACUCGGGUCUCAUCGACACAUAUAGAGGGUCCACUGACCUCCCCCAGUGGGAGGGGAAGCACUGUUCCAACGUCCAAAAUGCCUCUGAUGCAACGAAAUUUAAAGGAGGACUGGGAAAGAAUGACACACUAUUGUUCUUCAGGAAGAGUAUGUGUCGAAGUGGUAUAUUGAUACCAGUGGAAGAAGGCGUAAAGAGUGGACUAAACGCAUAUAAAUACACAUACCCUGAAAAUAUGUUGGACAAUGGGCAAUAUAUUAAGGAGAAUAAAUGUUUUUGCAGAAAAGGCAAAUGUCUUCCCGCCGGUCUCAUCGAUGUGACUGACUGCUACUACGGGUUCCCCAUCGCUCUCUCCUACCCACACUUCUACAAAGGGGAUGAUAUACUCUUCAGCAAAGUCGAGGGUCUGACUCCGAACAAAGAAGAGCAUGAGACCAGCUUCUGGAUCGAACCGACCUCUGGUUUGCCUCUGGAAGUCAGCUCCAAAAUGCAAAUCAACUUGGCCCUAGAAGACUUAUCAACGAUUCACAACGUCGACAGGUUCUCCAAUAUGUAUCUACCGAUGUUGUGGUUUGAUAUUAAAUUGUACUCCUUGACUCCAUCAUUGGAACGACGAUUCAAUUUAUAUCUGAACAUCUUACCAGUCGUCGAGCGAGCGGCUAUGUACGUACUCUUCGGCAUCGGGACCUGUCUCAUCUUCGCCACCAUCUACAAUCUCACUUUCAAGAUCAUGUUUAAGUCCGUCAACAACAGAACAACAAGAAAUAUCGUUAUCGGAAAUCAAUUUAGUUCUAAUGAAAAGAAAAACAAUAACACAAUAUACUCGCCCUGCGAAACACCCCUGAACGGUGUAGAUUCUGAUAGUUCUGAUACACAAUUCGAUCCGGAGAGACGUCCUUCUUUAUUAAAAGUUCACGGCGAUAGAUUAAAGGAGCUAAGCAGUAAACUAAGCGAUAAAAUGUACGAUUCCGUGGGCACAGUCAAAGAUAUAGUUAUGGGAGAACUUACACAUGUGAAGAACAUUUUCGAUAGGAAAAGCUCGUUAAGGAAUGAUGCCAAUGAUCCAUACAAAAGUGAUUCUGGUGAAGAAAUGAUUCAGGGCUACAAAACAAUAAAACAGUCAGACAGUGAUGAUGAUUGUAAAUAUUUAGAAGUCAUCGACGAUGGUAGCGAGUUCGAUACAAUAGAUUUCGAUACUAACAAUAGUAAACGCUUAAAAGAUUUAGAGCGACGUGACAAAGAAACUAUAUUACAUAUAAAGGAAUGAAUGAAUGUUGUAUGAAUUGGUUUGAAUUCUGAUAUGAUUCUGUCAUUCACGAGUGAGAGUUUGAGGCUAAAUCUUAGAAGUGUAGAAUAGGUAGAGAUUUUAAAGAUUUAGAAAUUAGUGCGAAUUGCAAAUCACAAAUUAACAAAUUAGACGAUUGCAAAAAUAAUAAACUCUUGCUCAUUUUUUAGGUUCAUGAGUCAUUGUUUGUACCUAGUAGUCAACUAUUAGUAAUCCAUAAUUAUUAAUAUAAUUGAUUAAAUCAAUUGUUUAAAAUGAUUGCACCUGCAGGUGCAAUUAAAUUUUGUUGCAUUUAUAUUAUUCGUAUUUAUUUUAAUUAAAUAUUAUAUAUUUUAAUUUUAUGAACAUCAAAAUUAAUAUCAUUAUAAAAUUUAGAUGGAUAUCUAGUUAUAUAUUUAUUUAUUUAUUAAUAUGCUUUUAUACAUUCACUUAUAGUUUAGAUAUUAGGUUUUUAUACUUACAAUGUAUAUUAAAUCUAUUUAAUGACGGUAUUCUCUCAUAGAAGUCCAGAAGGAUUAUCAUUAAUCCUAACAUGGCUUCGUGCUGCAUUUAUUUUUACUGCCGUUUUUAAUAUCAUAUUUUUAUAUGUAUUUUAUUAUAUUUUUUUAAAUUUAUCAUAUAUUUUAAGAAUAUUUAAAAUUGUUUGUGUAUAUAAGAUGUGUAUUUUAAAUAAUACUUACUAGUUAAAACAAUUAUCUAUUUAGGAUUAUAUAAAAAGCAAUGUUAUUGUAAAUUUAUUUUCUACGAUAUAGGUAAUUUUAAGGUAGGAGUGAUAUCACAGAAUACUUAAUGUGAUGUACCCUAAUCGUCCUCAUAUUCAGCUACUGAGGGACCUUGUAAAUAUUUUUAGUUGUUUUAUAUUGAACAUUACAAGCUGUGCCCACGACUUCGCCCGCUUUUUUAGGAAGAAAAACUUGCCUAGUUAUCUAUAAAAAAUGCUAAGUUAAAGCCAAAUUUUAUAAUAAAAGAGCCAAUAAAGCACUAAGAGGUGAUAUUUCUAAGAUUAGGAAACUAAGGGGGAUUCUUAUUAUAUAUUUUUUUUUUGCAUUAGUUUGGGAUUUUUGGGAGAAUUUAUAUAUACAUAUAGUGAAAAUAAUUAUGCUACGAUAUUCAAAAUCUAGCAUGGGAAUGUAGAAUAGGAUUACUCAUAAAUUUCUAACUCGUAUCUGAGCCCGAUCCAAAAUGAGCCUUAUAGUAAGGACUUAAAGUCCUUAAUCGAAGAUCAAUAAAUCGAUAGAUAAAGACAUUGACAUGGACGCAAGGAGUUACGACAGGAAACUGCUGUACCUAUAGAAAGUACCAUACUGAUUGAUGCUGUUUUAAUAUUUAAUUUUACUAAUAAAUAUUACUUGUCAUUCCCCCGGUCCUGAAAAAAAUAUAAACCACAUAUGUCCUAUAAAUCCUUAAUCUAUCGAUUUAUAAAGCAUCAAUCCCUAAUCCAGCCCAGGCCUCAACUCUGUUUGGCAUAUAAAUUCAAACCUCCAAAUGACCGUGAUUUAUAACCGAUCUGCUUCGUUUUACCAAUCAAAACGACAAUUAUGUCGCAAUGAAUUUUAAAUGUCCAUCAUUAACCUUGGUAUUUACCAUUUUAUAUUUCUAAUCAGAAAUAAGUAUAGGUAUGUUUAAGUUACUUUAGAUACAUGACUGAUGUUCUUACUUGCUCAACUAUUCGUAGCAUUGUAGUCUUAAUACGUAAUACUAGUAACGCCAUCUAUCGGCAAUAUUGAUUAGUAUUUACAAGUGUUGCAAUUGUAAAAAUGUGAAAUAUGUAUAUAAUAUUUAUAUGUUUUUGUCAUAUUCAUUUUUUAUAAAUUAUAAAAUUUUCUUGCUAUGUUUAUUUAUUAUUUAUAUACUAUUCUUGUAUUCUAACUUCAUGUCAGGUGAAGAAAAGCUUACAGAACGGCCAGAAAAAAGUGAAUGCCAAAUGUUUUUAUAAUAAUUACUCAUUGUUAAUUCGUGUUUUAUAUAUAUAUAUAUAUAUAUAUUCAAUAUCCAAUAUGUUUUGGAUUUAGAAUUCUUAAAACAUAUCCAACACAUUUUUGUAAAUUAAAAAAUUUAUUAUAAUUAAAUAAAAUUAUUUUUUCUAAUUAUACACUCUCGCUCACACUCAUUCAUACCUGGAUUAUGUAAAAAAUAUAAAUUUUCUGUCCUGUAAAAAACUUUAAAUUUCCAUUAGAUUGAAAAAUUUUAAAGUUAUUGUUGCCAGUACUUGUAAAAUAGACUAUUGCCGAUAGAUGGCAGCACGUGUUCGUGGAGAAACGCUAUAUGUAAGAUUAUGGUUGAAAAAAUGGGAUAUAUUCGAAUUUAUAUUAUAUUAUAUUUGUUAUCUUUUAACAUGCUUUUACUUCAUCAUCGUUAUGUCAGCUGUUCACUGCUGAUCGUAAGCCUUCCCUAUAAGUAGAAUUUUGCCAGUAAUUGCCACGCUUGGCAACGGUUGGCCGGUUUAGCCGGGUUGGCAACGACAGUUAAGCUUUUAGUGAUAUUUUAAAAGGGACGCUGCUGCCCAACCCUAAGCCAUUAAGUUCUCUUAGUCGCUUCUUACAACACCCACGGGAAGGAAGGGGUAGUCUGAUAUGAUGUGUAGACUUACCGUUUUUAAUGCGUUUUUUACUUUAAGGCUGGUUUCAUUGGGAUUGUUCUUAGUAGUUAGACUACAGUAGUUAGAUUCGAAGGCGUCUGCUCAAAUAUUACAAUUAAAUACGAAUUUAAACUCGAAAGUGAUUUAGGUACAUAGAGAUUUCUUAUUUGAUAUAUCCAUAUUCGAUUAGUAACAAAAUCAACGUAACCAACGGUAUAUUUUAACCCUUUGCACUCCUGCCUAACUCAUAGAGGAUACCGAUAACUCCAGCACUAAACUAGUUACAUACCUAUGGUGUAAAUAAAAAAUGGACUCGUUACAAUAAAACAAAACGUUUAUUUCUUAGCUAUUUUAUAAAGGGCGCCGAGUCAGUAAAACAACGUAUCGCUGUAGACGCGACAGUGGAUUUAAUGUUAACGUUUUAAAGUCGCAAAUACGGCGACAAAGGAUUGCAAAGGGUUGUAACUUGUACGUACCAAACAAUUUAGCCGAUCUUGUAAUGUCAAUAAAUUGACAUCCAAAAAGUCGUUGCAGUUAAUCGUCAUAGUCGUAGAAUACUGAAGGAUCUUUAUAUGUAAUCUUUGUCAGAUCCGUCGGUAUUCUACGACUAUGAUACGUAAUCAGUUUAAACAAAAAUGUAUUCACUUUCAAUUAAUAAUUUACGUUACAUUAAUGUACAUAUUAAUUAGAGAUAAUGUAACUAAUUAAUUAUGUGUGUAUAUUUGAAUAAUUUGUAUUGUAAUUAAAUAAUUGUUUCAUUUAAUUAAUUAGUUAAUUAUUGUAUAUUGAGAUUGCCCUCUUGUAAUUGGUGAGCCGCUAUGAAAUUUAUUAUUGCAAUAAACACCGAUUUUAAUUAA